GAAUUGAUUCUGCAAUGGCUGCAUCUGUUCCAUCUAACACAUCUCCCCCAGAUACUGUAGCAUCACCAAAUUUUACAUCCACCCCUCCUAGUACAUCCACCACAACUGGUGAAUCUCCUCCAGCAGAAUCCAAAUCCUCCAGCCAUGAAACGGAUGAUAACUUCAUUUAUGGCAUAUAUAUAUUAGAAGAAUAUUUAAAAGAUAUGCAGUCGCUUUGCAAAAAAAAUUGGCAAAUCAUCCAAAGAGCCAAAGAUGUAUUUUAUAACCAAUUAUUGCCAUCAGGAACAGUGUCACACAAAGAUGACUUCCUGAUGCAAAGAAGUCUCAACGAUGAUUGCCCUGAGCUAAAUAAGUCAACUUAUUUCAUUCCCAAGACUUUUCUUAGACUUGGAUUCCAACAGUCUUUACAGAGUAAUAUUUCAAUGGGAAACCUACAACCCUUAGGGAAUCAACCUGACGUAGUAAAGAAAGAUGUUACUUCUCCACAAGGAUCAUCUUCUAUGGCGAGUUCUGAAAACACUUGUAAAUCCCAGCAAGAAAAUUCCUGCCAAAACGCAAACAAUGCAAAUAUUUUCCAGAUUGCUUUCCAAAAUAGUCAAAAGUUCAAGAUUUUGGAAGAAAACAGAAUAUUGAAGAAUGAGUUAAAACACCUCCAGAGUUCUCUGUUGACUUCUGAAAAACACUUAAGUGGAGCCAAAGAAGAAAUCCAGAAACUGAAUGAACAAAAUAAAAAGCUUGAUGACCUAGUAAGAAAUUUAAGCCACGAGAACAAAAUGUACUGUGAAAUGGUUAAUUCAUUAAGUCAAAGAGAAGGGUACAUUUCAAGUCAAGAUGAUGCCAUAUCAAAUUUGGCUUCAACAUUAAAAAUAACAGACAAGCAAGAUGCAAAUGGAAACAUGAAAUGUAAAUAAACAUUACUCAAAGAUUUUGCAAAAGGUGCUGGUUUCCAAUCAAAUUGAAAUACCUUGAUCCUGAUCAACAAUAACUUGAAAACUUAUAUAAUCAGUACCUCAGUCCUUACCUGUUUUCCUUAAUUUUAAAAGUAUAUUUUCCUUGCCAAAUAAUUUUGAAACAUGUUUACAUAUGAAGAUAAUUUUGAAAAUUAAUAUCUUCUCCUGAAAAAAAUCACAAACUCAUGAUUUUAAAACUAAUUCACUUUAAAAAAAAAAAUGUUAAACUUUAAACAAAGAAAGACAAUCAUAUAUAUUUUUUAUUGGUGUGAACAAUUGACAUCUCUCGCUUGUAAUUCUUCAAAUUCUCACUGGAAAAAAAAUCUGUUUUUACAUUUAAGAUUAAUGUACUGCCAGCAAAAUGACCCAAGCAAAUCCCCAAGGACGCAGUCUUUCGCAAAAUCUAACAUUAAUGAUAGUAUCAAAUUUUGGCACAAGGCUAGCAAUUUAAGUUGACGGGAUUAGUCAAUUACAUCAACUCCAGUGUUUAACUGGUACUUAUUUUAUCAAUCCCAGAUGGAUGUAAAGAUGAAAGUUGACCUCGGUAAUCUGAACUCGGAACAUAAAACCAGAAGAAAUGCCACUAAACAUUUUGUCCAGUGUGCUAACAUUUCUGGAAGAUUAGCUUCCUUUCACAACAGAAACUAACAUAUGUUAUCUCUCUAUUGUAUAACAAGUUAAAAUACAAUCUGCUUUUCAUUAAAAAAAAAAAUUCUUGAUGCA